UGCAUUUUCAUCUCUACCACCCCACUUUGAGUUUUAGAAGGUAGUGGUGAUGGCUUCGGGGACAAGAGCACAACGCGUCCACUGUUUGGAUAGUGCGGUCUCAGCACAAGCUGUCCUCUCGCAAGAAGUAAAGGAUGAAAAAGUACAACUGUUUAUGAAGUAUUUCGAUGCAAAAGCGAAUGAGAAAAUAAGGGAAAUGGAACAAACUUUUGGAAAACUAAUGGACAUGGUUGGAAGUGUCUUGGCUGUUCAUUUACUAAAGAUGCCAGCAGCAAUCAAAAGAAUAAAGCUGAAAGAUUUCCUUGUUACUGGAGGAACAGAUCAGGUCCCAGUUGCUGCAGUGAUGGCUGAUCUUCCAGAUGAAGGAGUAAUAGCUACACUUGCCAAUAAAGCAAAGAAAAAAGGUAAAGCUCCAUUGACUUUGAAUUCUACAGAAUCAAAAAGCAGAGCAAAAUCAACAACUGCAAAAUCUCGCACAGUUCCAAAAGUACCUCAAACCAAACCAAGUUUAUUCUCCAACCAUGACAAGGAAAUGCACAUUAGAAGCAGUGGGCCAAAACCAGGCAAUGAAAAGACUUCAGUUCAUCAAGGAGCCCUGAUGAAGAAGUCAUUGAGUGACAAAAGAAUUGGACCAAAAGCAAGCAAAUGUUCAUAUCCUAAACGUGUGAAUAGGUCACUGCCAAUUAUCAAAAUACCUUUGGCUGAUGGGCAGGCAAUCAGUGCAGCUGGUGAGGAAGUAAAUAACAUUGAUGUGCAGUCACUUGAUCCACAAGCCCUUCAGGGUAUUCAGUUGCUAGUGGUAUUUAUUUGCAAAAUAGCAUAAAAGCUCUUUUGCACUGGGGCUGGAACAAUUCUGAACUGUAAAGCUUGCUGCAGAUACAUGGUGGAGCCAGUCAGGAAAUCAAACAAGGUUAACAGCUUGCUAUGAUUUGUACACGGAGAUGCUAUCCACUUAAUUCUAAUAUAAACAUCCACAGAGGAAAAAACAAGUGAAAUACGAAACCAAAAAUCUAAUUUUGAAACAUAUGGCAAAGAAUGUCAGUGUAUUGAGAUUUAAGAAAAUAGGCAGGUGAAGAGAAUGUAUUACACUGGUUAGUUUUCACACCUACAGAAUAAAGGAAUGCAAGAACCAAACUAUACCAGUUACAAGUGCAGGAUGAUAACUUGCCAAUGCAACUAUUUUCCUCAUUGUAAUGUUUAAACAUUUCUUCUGUUGGAUAUAAGAUGUAAGCACUCUAAUCCAAGUAAUGCUACAAUAAACCAUCUUGUAUGAGUAAAGGAAUGCUUGUGUAUGCAGUCUUGGAUUUUAAUUCAAUGUUGGAUUUCCCAAAAAAAAUUCUGUAAACUUUUCCCACAUCAGAUCCAGCUUUUUUUUAAAUCAAACUACAUUUUCUUAAAAAUUGCCAAAAAUAUCAGAUUUCAGUACCUUACAUAUUCAAAGCUUAAACCAGACCCAUUCUGUAAAAUAAUUCAAAGUAUCAGCUAUCACAUACUCCACAAGAUUACAGAAUAGUGGAAACAGUCAUCAGGCAGCAACCUUGGAGCCAAAGGCAGUUACAGUUCAGGUUGAUGAACCAUCAUCAGAACUGAUAAAGAUGAAGUUGCAGAAAGUGGGCAGCCGGUGAGAGAAAAGGGAAGAUCUGUGAUUGAAUGAUGAAAGCAGUGGGGGGUUGCUAAUGUGUAGUGAAUAAGUUAAAUCCAGCUGAUCUAGAUCUUCCAUCACCCACAUGCCACAAGACAUUUGCUCCUUUCACCUGUCUAAAGGAAUUGAUCCCACAGGGUCGUUCAGGUUCAUUCCUUUCCUUACAGCAGCUUUGCUGGGAGAAGAUGCAACAUAGCAUCUUGUCCAAAGCUCCAAGUUUUUUCUGCUGAAGCAGUAAUUUACUUGUACUGUCCUUACUUUGGUGCAAUUGGUGCUCAGUGUAAGUAACUGACUUUUUGGCCUAGUGUUUGAAGAAAGCUCAAGAUCAGCAUCUCAUCCUCCAUCUACACCACUUAGAGCUGAUUCAACAACUAAGAUAGUCAGUUAUCCCAGCCCUUCUCUCAAAUGUUAGUUGGCUCCUGUAUAACACCACCCUGACUUACCUUUUGUUGCUUAGAAGCCUUUGCCACCUUUCCAGCUGGCACAAUUACUUGAAUCAUUCAGUCUCUCCAGCUCUUUUGCUCACCCCCUUUCUCUGCACCUUAAACUAUUAUUCAAGUUUCUCCAGUUCUGCAACCGGAAAUCUUGGCCAUUUCUCUCCACAGAUGUUGGCCUGCUGCAUAGUUCCAGUAUUUGUUUUUAUUUCAGAUUUCCAGCAUCCCUUGUAUUUUGCUUUUGGAUUACUCUCCAACACAGGUUGCAUUCAGUGACUUAACAAUCAAUACUUGGCAGUAGGAAAGCUGGGUGGCUUCUGCGGAUACUUAUGGACUAAAUUCUCUUCCUCUGCCUUCUGCAUUGGUAUGCAAAACUAUAAGUCCAAAGGUUUAAUGUUUAAACCCAUUUCACGAGCUUUCCCCAAACAUCCAUAAGGCAAGUUUUCAAAAUUCUGACUCAGGCUAAAUUAUACAACACCUCUGCAAUUUCACUCAACUGGUCUCUGAGAUCCUUUGGUAAUUCCUUUGACCUAGUAUUAAUUACAUUCUUCUUUAAACUCCUAUAAUAGUAAAACAUGCAUGCAAUUUGCUAGUGAGCAGUAAUAGGUGAUGCAGACAAUAUUUACACAGACCCAGCUACAUUUCACUCAAGUUUAAAAAAAAGGAUCCAGAGCAACAUCAGAGUUCAAAUCAUAUAUUCACAGCCUCUGCACAAUGAUUCCAAAAUAGAUUCCCAUUCAUAAUCUUUAAUCAAUUCCACCUAUUUCUCUUGU